CAGUUUGGCCAAAACGGGAAAAAUGGUAGGAAAAUUAAAGAAUUUACAAGUUGAAAUAGACUCAAACAGAGAGGUGUUUUAUCCAGGUGAAAAAAAUACGUGGUGCUGUUGUUGUCGAGGUUGCCAAGUCAAUGAAACGCAACGAAAUCACCGUUAUAUUGGCAGGGUACUCUUACUGUUAUAGCGGGAAAGCAUUGUUGGAAAUGCCGGAAAAAGAUAGCCAUGGGAACUUUUUUACUCGUAUAGAACGUAACAAGAAGUUCAAUGGCUACGAGUUACUUGUAAAUCAACAAGCACGUCUUUUUGCUAGAGGAAGUUCAACAGUGGCUUCACAACAUCCUUUUGGAAGACAUGCAUAUCGAUGCUCAUCUCUUCCUAGUUUGUUUGAAGGGCACAGUGGUCAGAUUCGCUACUAUAUGGAAGCAAAAGUUGAUCGACCGUGGAAGUCUGAUUAUAAAACUCGAAAGCCCUUCACUGUCAAUGAGAUUAUUGAUAUUAAUCUUCCGCAGUAUUCAACAGUUCCUUUUGGCUCCGAAGAGAAGCAAAUUGUUGGAUAUCUCUGUCGUGUUGCUGGUAACUUGACAAUGCAAGCGAGUCGUGAUAGAUCAGGGUACAGUCCCGGUCAACAUAUUUCUCUUAGUGCCCUGUGUGUGAACGUUUCAACUCUAGAAAUGCGCAGUAUGAGAGCAACACUGGUACAAAGAAUUUUGUACCGCCUCGAUGAUGGACAUACAGUAGAUGUUUCAUAUGUGAUUGGGAGUUUUGAAGGAGAAAGAAUCCCAAGUAGAAGUCAGGAUUUAUGGAAUAACCGACCAUUCCUUAUUCCACCAGUUCCGCCAACAAUUCGCACCAAACCUGUGACUGUCAGUUACCAAGUCAUAUUUGAAGUCAAUGUUCCAUGGCCAUGGGGGAAAACCUAAAAAUUCGGCACUCGAUAUAACUAUGGGUACAGUCCCCUUUCAGCAUGGCUAUGGUCAACAACGUUCAUAUCAGACAUCAGGAAAUGAAUUUAUGGAAGGGGGCUUGGCCGGCAGGAUACAGGUAUCGGCACCACAAUUUGGGCCAAUCUUAUCCACAAAUGGCUACCCUGACAUGGCUAUCCUUCAAUGUGUUUUGAAGUAUUUCCUAGUAGUAUAAUACAUAAAAAGAUAUGAGCUUUUCCGUGCGUAAACGCAU